AUGCUGUACAUCGCUUCAGCCCUUGCUCCGACCCCCGUCCUCUUCUCUCAGGCCAUCGAUAACUUCACCUCUCCAAGCACAUCUUCUUUAGUUGUCGCUCGUCCUGAUUGGGUCGAGGUCUCCGAUAUCACAUCCGAGGGACUUGUGUAUCGAUGCGGGCUCCCAGUAUGGGGUAACAUCGCCGGGUUAGAGAGGGCGACGGUGGAGGGAGCUCAACCUCACAUCGUCGUACUUAUCGCUCCCCCAAAUGCACGCCUGCUCCUCAUAAGAUAUAAUGCCUUGCCGACACCGCAGCUGGUGGUCACGUCGUCGAUACCCCUUACACCACCAACUCCAUCCUUGCGACUGGCAGAGUUUUUCACGUCGGUCAUCGCCAAAGACAAUGCCGUGUUGGUCAGUUUGUGGGUCGGUGUUUUGUCCUGCUGCGAGAUUGCCGCGGUGAAGGGAAAAGGUUUCACACGAAACGACGAGAUCACUUCAACCUCAGGUGAUAUACGAGAACAUAACCUUCUUAACCUUGCCUUUAUCUCAGGGUCUGAUGAUCCUGCCGGGCCUAUGGUUACGUUCUUAUACCAGUCAUCGACCUUGGAACUGCUCCUUCAACCUCGACAUCUCUCUUUCACCUCUCACUCCUUCAUCGAUGCUUGUCCCCCGGUCAAUUUGGUCACUCCGGUCACGUCCGCCAGCUUCGAAACGACGUCGACCAUAUCACCGGAUUUUCAAGCGAUACCUUUCUCCUGUCCAGCAGCACGACAGGUCCUCCCUCUUCCCUCGAACCGAGAAUCCAAGUCUCUGCUUGUGAUUGGAGACGAAUACAGCGUGUUGUGGGAGAUCUUGCCUCCGUCAGCCUCCGUGCGCUCAAAGAGAGCAUCAGUCUCUUCCGGAGCGACAGCAAGUCCGAGAGCGAGCGACGCUAGACGAAGUCCACAGGCGGAAAUGACGAGCAGCGUGGGCAAGAAACGAAAGUCAAGCAUGGGUGAUCCUCCGAUUCAACCUGUGCUCCGACCUAUCUGGAGAGUCCGUCAGGGCUUUGGUACUGUGCUAUCUGCCAUUGUCCUAGACGCUGAUCGAGAUAAUGCUGUAGUAUUACUUGGGGACGAUGCGGGUCACCUUACAAAGUUGACUAUCGAAAGCGCUCGUGAAGAUCUUUCCUCAAAGCUCUCGGCCGUGAUGAAAGUUCUCAAGACUGAUCUUGGUUUUGCCGCUGCACCAUCAUCACUAACACUUUUGGGCUCUUCACAUGUCUUCAUGGGAUCUGCCUGUGGCGACGCGUUGAUCAUCCGACUCCCAUCUGUAACUUCAUCACACUCAACACCACUCUCCCCGGCUCUGAAAAGCAAAGGAAAAGCCCGUGCCGAUGACUCCUUGGAUGGGUUUGGAGUAGAGCACUACCAUGAGACGGCCACGGUGGAGAUGGUUGAACGAUGGAUGAAUCUAGCUCCGGUCAAAGACUUUUGUGCGGUGGAAGAGGACGGGGGUGGCUUGUCUCAUCUGGUAGUUGCUGCCGGUGCCUCGAAUACGAACUCGUUGCGUGCAGUUCGAAGUGGUGUAAGUCUGGAGACCCUGAUGGACAUCGAAGGUGUACAAGGCAUCGAGAGGAUGUGGCCGAUCAUGUUGCCCAGUAGAGAUCAAGGCAUCUUUCUCUCCACAUCGACUUCCUCGAUGCUACUAGGACUCGCCCCAGAAGUCCAGGCCCUUGCGUUGCCGGAAUCAGUUGUCAACCAUCCCACCAUCGCUGCAGCAUCAUGGGAGGAGGUUGCUGUUAUCGUCACUGCGAAUAACGUGACAGUCUGGUCAGACUUGACGGGGUCUGUGAAGGUGGGCUCGUGGUCACACGGGCAGUCGAGACAGAUCUUGGCAGCUCAGAUAUCUGGCGGCCUCGCUGCGAUAGCUAUAAGUGGCGGAGAGUUGGUGAUUCUCCAAGUAUCCGCCCAUGGUGUUGAUGCCAUUCUAACUCGUCAAUUAGGAGGCGAGAUCGCGUCUGUUGCCAUCCUGGAUGGACUAUCACCCAUCGUUGUCACGAGCACAUGGACGAACGAGAUCUUUUUAUUCACCCUCGAUCAGCUGCGGUCCCCUGACAUGCAAGGUUCAACAAUCCGUGAAAACUCCUUUUGCGCGUCACUGCAGCUCUGUCCCUUGUCAGGCGGUGCUCGACUCCUGGCAGGUCUUAGUGAUGGUACCAUGGUCACGUAUCAUAUCGAAUCGUCUGCAAACAAUGCACUGGAGCUGUCGGAGCGCAAAGCCGUCUCUUUAGGUACACAACCACUUCGACUUUCCCCGACUAGUCUAUCUUGUGGGGAUGACAGGAUAAUCAGCGUUGGACUGUCAGAACGCAUGUGUGUCAUCUCUGAAUCUAGGGAACGGAUCGAAUCGUCGUCUGUGAAUCGAAACGAUACUCGUGCUGCAGCCACUAUCAACACCCCCUCUCACGGCUCGUGCCUUGCUCUUGCCACGUCGAGCGGUAUAUCUCUCGUCAAACCUACUUCUCUCAAGAAGGUUCACGUUCGAACCUUGGACCUCGGGCAUCGCUCUGUCUCACGACUCACCAACAUAAGCCCUCUCAAGGCUAUCGCGGCUGGCUCGACCGAACGUCCUUUCGACCGUGAGACGGGAGAGAUACAUCAGUCUAGUUAUGUCGAGCUACGGGAUUCUACAACCCUUGAGCUUCUCGUGGAAAAACCUCUCGAAUCAAGGGAAAUCGUCACGACAAUAGCUUACGUCACUCUUGGCGACCAAAAUCUCCUCGCUGUGGGUAUCGCAACUUUCUCAGAGGACGACGAAGAUCUUCCGGAUGAUCUCGAUAUGGUCACGAUAUCUGCUCAGUCUGGGCGGUUGGUAUUAUACGAGCCUGUUGUAGAUCAAGAUUCAGCAGAACCGAAUUUGAUAGAAUUGACAAGUGUGGGUUUGGAAAGUGCGGUGAACGAUAUCAAGGUGAUCAAAAAUCUCCUGGCAGUAGCGACAGGAAGCAACGUCACGAUUUACAAACAUGAGAAGGCUUCUCACCUACUUAUUCCCACAUCACGGUUCGCUUCUGCUUUCGUAGCGAAGUCUUUAGUCGUGGCCCCACCUGACAAACUGCAUCCAGAAGAGAGGUUAGUGGUUGGAGAUGGCAUGCGCAGUAUAUUCGUACUCGACAUCGAUGAGGGUACUGGAAUGAUCAUGGGAGACGAAAGGGAUAUGGCGACACAUAGCGUCAUGGCGAUGGAGGGAUUGAGGGAUGGUGGACAAGCAGUGAUAGUGGCAGAUGCUCACUCGAAUAUCUCAACUUUCCGCUUGAGAGAAGAAAUUGAAACUGCCGCCACAUUUGGUCUUCACGAGGAUAUCUCUGUCUUUCGACGAGGAUCACUCGCCCCUGCGUCAUCGGCUGAAGAUGUUCUCUCUCCUGAAAUCAUCUUUGCCACUAUCGAUGGGAGAUUGGGUAUCGUGGGGGAGUUGACACCUUCCGCAGCUCGUACAUUGGAUGAUCUUCAAAGGAACAUGGACAGAUAUAUCCGUGGACCGGGGGAUAUAGCAUGGAGAUCGUAUCGUCGAGCUGGCACAGAACUCGUGCAACGUGACACGGCAGGUUUCAUCGAUGGUGAUUUCGUGCAAACUUACAUUUCCUCUCAAUUCUCACCUGAUAUGGUGGAGAAGAUAUUAAAGGGAACGACGGCUCCAGAACAUAUCAUGCGUUUGUCAGAAGAUGGUACGAAAAUACCGGCUACUAAAGCAGAAGUUAUGGGAGUACUUGAAUCUCUCAGUGGACUACAUUGAAUGGUAAAACAACCCAAUAACUCAACAUCGUUCCUCCCGUGAAUUUUUGUACAGUAUUAUAUCUGUCACAUGAAUGUUUAUCUAGAUCCGU